UCAAAGUCUUUACCUCCAAAUUCAGAUCAGCAGCCGGAUAUCAGGAGCCACUAUGCCCUCAGGGAAGACCAUCAAACUCAUCCUGUAUGAGCUGCUGCAGUUUGCUGCCCUCAUUGUACCCGUGUUUGUGAUCAUGGAGAGGUUUGCCAGCCUCAUAUGGAAAAUUAAAGGACAAGAUCUCACAGCGUACUGGCUGGUGGUGGCAGUGUCUAUGGCCUAUGUGACCUCUGUGGUUCUGCUGGUGUGGGUUCCCCUGAAAUAUGUGAUUCUGAAGCAGAGGAGGUUCAUCAGAGAGAUCACACAGUGGAGACCCACAGCGCUGGCGUACAUCAUCCUGUGCACAUUACCCUGCUUUGCUAUUCUAAUGGCCAGCUCCAAGGUGCAAGUGGACAGUGGAAAAAGACCAGAUCCUUUCACUGAGUUGCCUGUUUCCUUAGUACUGAUGUCUCUUAUCUGUGUAGACAUCAUAGAGAGGAUUCGGCCCUGCAAGAUCCUCGGACAGUCAGACAGCCUGGACCCUGACCUUGACAUGUCAGGCCCUGUCCUCACCCACCUGGAGCAGGUGACGACAGUGUCAGGCGAGCUGCACACUGACGAGCUCCCUAAUGGUGACACCCAAGCCCACCUAGAGUUGAGGAAUGGCAGCGUGUCAGGAAAAUUGCAGGAACCUCCCCGCACACCAAGUCGUAUGACAACCAGCUCACGAGCAACCAGCACGGCCUACCUGUACUCCUCCUCCUCCUCACGGCCCCGAGUGUACUCUGGCCCUUUGAACUUCCUGUGGAGGAGGGAUGGAAGGGCGGAGGUGUUUGUGGACAGCUUCCUGUUCUGGAUGGACGCGGUGGAGUUGGUGAGAGUUGCAGGAGUGCAGUCAGUCUUCUACUCGGUAUGGGUGUUCCCUGUCUACAUCCUGGCCUUCUUGUCUACUCUCCGCAUGGUCAUCACUCCUCAUAACCCUCUGCUGUCCUUUGCUGGGGUCGCUCUGCAGGACUUCCCUUUCUUUAUCAUUCGAGUGGCUCUGAUUGUUGUGUUCGGCUAUGUGACCCCCAUGUUGUACCUGCUGAAAAAUGUGCUGGUGAGCCUGACUUUCAUCUACUUCACAUUCCUGACCAGGCUGAGGAUUUUCAAAAGGCAGAGCAUGUUUUGAGGAGGAGUGGCUCGUUCUGUUGUUAAUACAAGAUCUGAUUUGAUUGUGGAUGGUGAAACAGUUGGUGUAGUUAUGUAUGGGGGAGCAGGCAGUAAUAGAGAAAUAUGGUGCUGCUGAUGAUGCUGAAAAAAGACACGUUUGGAAUUGAAGUGACAGAAGUGACAGUAAUUUUUCGGAGGCCAGUCGCAUAAAUCAGAGAGUUUAAAUGAUUCUGGGGUUCUGAAGUAUUGCAAAGUUUGUGACAUAUUUGAAUUCAGUUGUAUUUAUUACAUCUUGAUUUUAUUCUAACCUGCUACAUUUUUCAUUUUUUGUAUUUGUACAUUUAGCAACAUACCACAAGGAGUGAAAUUAGAUAUUUAUGUAACUGGACUAUUUAAUAACUACAAUUAUUUUGAUCACUUGUACUAUUUUUAAAUGCAU